CUCCCAACCACCUACAGCAAUGAAUAUGUAGUUCCUACAAGUAAGCUGCAACGUGCAUGACACAGACAUUUGGUAACGUUUCGGUUGAGUUCGGUUGAGUUCAACAGCCAUUUUUAUAGCCACUUAGCAGUCAAUUCAGUGAACACAUAGCUAUUUAUCUGAAGGUGUAACCAACAAGCUUACGACCAGUAUUUAGCUGAAUACUACACAAACUGGAACGAGGUUGAUAGACUGGACGAAAACGCAGCUGGCCGGCUGUUUCGCGAUGGCCCUCCACUUCUGGUGUUUUGUACUUCUUGUGACAUCUUGGUCUGUAAGAUGCAGUGAAGGGAAAGUUCAAGACGAUCCACAAAACUGCACAAAGGUGGAAAAAAUAUACUACCCAAACGACUUCUUAGUGGGAGGAUAUCUAACAAACGUUCUAGAAGACAAUGCCAAUCAGCGAUUCGUGCGGAGGUCUUAUUGUUGCAACAACUACUCUAAUCCACAGAUUUGUGGGACACCAUACUGCUUUCCAGAGUGUCCAGAGGGAUCCGGACAUUGCAGCUGGAGAAACAGAUCGUGUACAGCCAACGCUCCUCCAUUGAAUGAGCGUCAAACCCCAGCUCCAGAAAUUCAAAAUGACGGAGAGUGCAGCAUCUGCUGUGGCGGUUCAGUCAGAACUUUUGAUGGCCUGUACUUCAACUUCCCAAUAAUGUGUCGUCAAAUCUUGACGCAUUACGAGCACGAAACAGAUUCGUUUACCGUGGACAUCAUUCCUAAUUACAGCUGCAACGCCAGUGAAUGCUUCAGUGCUGUGAAUAUCACGAUCCCUGGGUUCACACAGAACAUCCUAAUGAUAGAAUUGCUUCCCCGUGGAGAUGUUCUGGCAAAUAGCCGAUCAGUCAACACGCCAUUCGAGACCAAGUUGGGACACAAGGUCUUCAAGGAAGGACUUAGAGUUGUUUUCCUUUCAGUGGAUGGAAGAGUUAAAGUGUCCUUUGACGGCAUCAACAGCGCUAUCAUAACUGUCAGUCGACUCUUUGCUGAUCAAGGACAAACCUUGCAGGGCCUCUGCGGUACUUACGACAACAUCCCAGAUAACGACCUGGACGGUGGAACAGUAGCUGAAUUCGUCAACAAAUUUAGGGCACCCUGGGGCCGGUGCACUUCCCUUGCAAUGAGCGUCCCGAACCUCUUCGACAGUCUCACCGACGAUCAGCGGCAGAACGUUACACGGAUCUGCAACGAAUUUGCAGUGAGCUCGCUUGUCGCCAGAGGCAGCUCGAGAGUUCCGGUGCAUCCCUUUCUGAACUCCUGUAAUUUCUCCGUGUCUCUAUAUCUGCGGAGCGGACUGAGAUACGAUAUCUGCAGCAUUUAUGCAGACUAUGCACAUGCGUGCUCAAGACACGGCAUUCCAUUUCCCUGGAGAUCAAGCAACUUCUGCCCCAUACAAUGCAGCAAUGGCAUGGUGUACAACGAGUGCGGAUCGACCUGCCGGCGGACGUGCCAGAACAUGUUCUAUUCGGAGCACUGCGCAACACAUUGCGUUCCCGGGUGCGAGUGUCCAGCAGGAACCUACUUUGACGGGAGUUUGUGCGUUGCCCAGGAAGAGUGUCCCUGCGCUCUAGCUGAGGAAAGUCUCCCAGUCGGUGCCAUUGUAAAGGAUACGUGUAGAGACUGCACGUGUUUGGGAGGCAGGCUCGGGAAUUGCACCGUUCACUCCUGCCCAGGUACAUGCACCAUCCUGAGAGGGCGCUCGUUCACAACGUUUGACGGGACAAGCUAUGAAUUCGAUGGGGACUGCGAAUACGUGCUGGUCCAGACCAGCAACAGUGACUCAGCUGGCUCCCACUUCAGCAUCUAUAUGGACAAGACCCAGUGCAGGGCCUACGGGCUGCGCUGCGAAUCGCCGCCGGUCAUUAGUGUUAAGACUCCGGACGGCCACCUUUAUGAAUUUUCUGCAGGUUUGAAUACUGUGUCAGUUGGCACGCAGCGGAGAAGAAAAAUAAAUUUACCGUACCAAAAAUCUGCAGGCAACAGUACAAUCUCAAUCACUCUUGUUUCCUCCAUUUUCACCCGAGUGGCAAUGUCAGAGCUCGGCAUCGAGCUUUUACUUGGAAAAGAUAAUCGACUCUACAUAACAGCAGAGGAAAGAUUGCUUGGCAAGAUAAAUGGUCUUUGUGGAAACUUCAACCGAAAAAAUGGCGAUGACUUUCAACUGCCCCCAGGAUCAACGGCUGCCGUGGCAUCUCAGUUUGCUCCAACGUGGAAUUCUGAUUCGCAGUGCCAGGAGAGUACCAUCGAGAACUCCAUUGACUACUGCGAUAUAGAGGCGGUCUAUUAUGACAUUACAAAGUCUGAAUGUCGCAAAGUAAAGAGGAAACCUUUUUCUGAAUGCAACUUCAAAGUGGACACAUCAAAAUUUUACAAGCAGUGCUGGAACGACCGCUGCGCCGGUUCGGUGUUGAAGGGAGCCGAGUGCUUAGCCAUGGCGGCUUAUGCUUGGGAGUGUGCUAAAACUGGGCUUGUAAUUAAUUGGAGAAAUCAGAAGCUGUGUCCCAUAGAGUGUCCAGCGGGGAUGGUCUACAAGGAGUGCGGUUCAAUGUGCAAGAUGUCUUGCUAUGAUUUGGGGAACGUCGGCAACUGUCGAGAACAGUGCAUUCAGGGCUGCCAGUGUUCCGACGGAAAGGUUUUCGACGAUGAGGAAAAGAAAUGUGUACCUGUGUCAAAGUGCCAUUGUUACCACAACGGGAGAAUCUUUCAACCUGACAAUGAAUGGCGAGAGGGUUGCAAUGAUUGUUUCUGCAGAAAUGGUGUAACUGAAUGUUCACAGGGAAACUGCACUGAUAUAGGUGACGAAUGUCCAGAGGGCUUAGGAAGAAUUGACUGUGUCGAGUGCGAGCGUCGAUGCAGCAACAUGCAUCUUGAUUGCAAAGCAGAGCGCUGUACGGCGGGUUGUGGAUGCAACAACGGAACCGUCCGUGCACCUGAUCUUAAGACAUGUAUCAGAGAGGACAAGUGUCCAUGCUAUUUCAACGGGCGAAGCUACAAACACGGAAAAAAAUUCAAGAAAGACUGCAAUAAAUGCAAGUGUCUCAAUGAGAAAAUCAAAUGCAGAAAUAAAAUAUGUCCAGCUACCUGCCGAGCAUAUGGGGAUCCACAUUACAUCACUUAUGAUGGCAGCAAAUACAACUUUCAGGGAGACUGCCGAUAUAUAUUGACAACUGAUGGUUGUGACAAAGAAAAAACCUUUGAAGUAAUCGUUGAAAACAUUGCCUGCGGCUCAGAGGAGGUGACCUGCACGAAGGCCGUCGUAUUUCAUUUUUUUGACUGGGAAGUUACACUUGUGAGAGGCUCAGAACCUAAAAUCACUAACUCCGAUGGAUACCCCAGACUGAAAUGUAUACGCAAUGGGAUUUACGACAUUAUCAUCACCGAUCGGGGGAUAAGAGUCGAUUGGGAUCGGGCAACAUCAGUUAGUGUCACCGUAGACGGAAAAUAUUACAAGAAGACCUGCGGUUUGUGUGGCAUUUUUGACGAUAACCGCGCAAAUGACUUCACAACAAGACAAAACGAGCAAGCGUCUGUUACAGUAUUUGGUCACAGCUGGAGGAAAAGUGACAGCUGUCCAAUGCCCCAAGAACCUGAUCAUAUGUGUGAUCUGUUUCCAAUGAGGAGGGAGUAUGCGAUUUCUGAAUGCAAAAAGCUCAUCUACCAUAGCGUCUUCAAGGAGUGCCACAAAGUGAUCGACCCUGAAGAUUACUAUGAUAACUGUGUGUUUGACACCUGUGGCUGCAACCGAGGUGGUGAUUGCGAAUGUUUGUGCACUGCCGUUACAACCUAUUCAAGACAAUGCAGUGAACAGGGCUUGACAGUGUUUGACUGGAGAUAUGUCACGCCCCCAACAUGUUCGAUUCUGUGUAAGCCUCCUAUGGAGUACGCUUGCAAGAGUACGCCCGAGAGCUCCUGCGUAUUGGAAGAGUUAAAGAUGGGAAAGAAGCUGUGGAUAAAUAAAGGGAACUACGAGAUGAAGGGAUGCUACGAGGGCUGCCAUUGCCCGAACGGUACCAAGAGAUUGAGAAACACCUGCGUACCUAAAUGCCCUUGUAUAGUGGAUGGCAGGGAGGUACAAUCGAGACACACUUUCGUUGAUGAAUGCCAGUCUUGCAUAUGCAACGACGGCAAAUGGGACUGCGAGCAUAGUCCUUCAUGUACACCAGGAACUACUACAUCCACGUCAUCUGUGACUACGUCAGAAUUAACAACCCCGUACAAGGAGUGUGACGACGAUCUUGAUUCUGAGUUCAGCGUCAUUAAUGUCACCCGCUUUGUGUCCGGGAAUCGUAGCCAACCAAUUGAUCCCGUUGACUGGUGGACUCCCUCGAGUCCACCGUCAUCAGUAUCUUCGCCUGAAGGCACAUCAUACCUGCUUGUAGAGUUCGCACCAAAUGCCAAACUGACCCAUGUUCAAGUGAACGCCAGUGCAGGUGACGGGAUAGCAGUCAACGUGACAGUUGUCUUCAGGUACCGGAAGGAUGGAAGCAAUUUUAACUAUAGUCAAACACUUCAAGGAGAAUCAGGAAAGGUGAAGUUAUUUCAAACACUAGACUAUGUGCAAAACGCCAAGGUGUAUCACCAUGUUAUAGAUUCCAGGGACGGCUCCAAGUUAAAGAUAACAUUCUACGGCUGUGAAUCCACCCCUUUGCCAACACCACCCAUACCUCCUCCCGCGUGCCCUCCUGGAAUGCGACGUACCCCUUGUGACAAUCCGUGCGUCAGGUUUAAGUGCAGCGGCUACUGCUACUCUAGAGUGCUUUAUGAUUUCACUACUGGUAAAGACUAUUGUUGCGCGUGUCAAGAGGCCUCAGGCAUGAAGAGCUCGAGAUGUAGAGAUGAUUGCUCGUGCCCGAACGGAAAGGUUAUGGAGAGGGUACAGCACAAGACUUGCAAGAAAUGCAGCUGCACGAACAAUACCUGCACCAUCGUAUACCCAGGUUGCAUUACAACAACUUUGCCAACUG